CCUUUUCAUGUAAGUACAGUGUACAGAGCUGUUCCAGUUGCCACCUCGCUACGGAGCCGCGUGGUUUGUGUACAUUGUCGUGCGAUUCUUUUCAGUUUAUACUCCUGCAUAUCCGACGUCGGGAUCAUCGAAGAUUAUGGCAGCUAAACAGCGUGUUUGUAUUAUCGGAUCCGGAAAUUGGGGUUCUGCUAUCGCUAAGAUAGUUGGAGCAAACGCUCAAAAACUAAGUAAAUUCGAGGAUCGCGUUACAAUGUACGUGUACGAAGAAAUGAUCAAUGGAAAAAAACUGACUGAAAUUAUUAACGAAACGCACGAGAAUGUAAAAUAUCUUCCAGGACAUAAAUUGCCGAGUAACGUGGUUGCAGUUCCAGAUGUAGUCGAUGCUGCCAAAGACGCCGAUAUCCUUAUUUUUGUAGUUCCACAUCAAUUUAUACAUAGAAUAUGUAGCACAUUACUGGGAAAUAUUAAGCCUACAGCUGUUGGUCUCUCUCUGAUAAAGGGUUUUGAUAAGAAGGAGGGAGGUGGUAUCGAGCUUAUUUCCCAUAUAAUUUCAAAACAACUUCACAUACCUGUGUCUGUUUUAAUGGGAGCAAAUUUGGCGGCCGAGGUAGCUGAGGAGAUGUUCUGCGAGACCACUAUUGGUUGUAAAGACAAAGCUAUGGCUCCCGUGCUGAGGGACAUGAUACAAACAUCGUACUUCAGAGCUGUAGUCGUCGAAGAUGUUGACGCCGUUGAAUGUUGCGGAGCGCUAAAGAAUAUAGUAGCAUGCGGUGCUGGUUUCAUUGAUGGUUUAGGAUUAGGGGAUAAUACAAAAGCUGCUGUCAUCAGAUUAGGACUUAUGGAGAUGAUUAAGUUCGUUGACGUGUUCUUUCCUGGUGGAAAGCUCGCUACCUUCUUUGAAAGUUGUGGUGUAGCGGAUCUUAUUACUACGUGUUAUGGCGGCCGUAAUCGUAAAGUGUCCGAAGCAUUUGUAAAAUCUGGCAAGUCAAUCGAAGAAUUAGAAAAGGAAAUGUUAAACGGACAAAAAUUACAAGGUCCUUUCACUGCUGAAGAGGUAAAUUAUAUGUUGAAAGCAAGAAACAUGGAGGCCAGAUUUCCGCUUUUUACAGCUAUACACCGGAUUUGCAUUGGUGAGAUAAAGGCUACGGAACUAAUUGAAUGCAUACGCAACCAUCCGGAACACAUGUAAGCUCAAUUGUCUCCACUAUAGUUAAUGGUGGAUAAGUUUAAGUAACUGUCCUUUACCCAAAAUUGAUGUAGAAUCAUAGGUGUUUUGUUUGACGCAUUGUAAAUUUUAUUUCUGGAAAGAAUCACAGAGUAUUUUUGUGCUAUCAUAUGAGAAUUCAGGUAUACAAUAAAAAGCAGUAUGUAAAUAUGUAAUAUUUAUUGCAGAUAAUUAAAUAUGCUUAUUUUUAAACAAGCUACUGGAAAAUUUAAGUUUCGAUUUGUUUAAAAAUUAGUAUUUUAAUCUUGGUCGUCUCUUGCCGCGAUAAUAAUUAUUUCGUUUAACCAUGGUCCUAACUGUACUAAUAUUGCUGUUGCAUUGUUUAAAUAUAUAGAAUAUAUAUAUACAUGAAAAGAUUUAGUAGAAUUGUACAAAGUAUCUAAAUACUGAUAGUGAUAUAUGUAUAAUAGUUAUAAACAUGUACAUACGUGUAAAAAGUUAGUCAUUGUGCAUCUCUUAACACAAAUAGCUAUAUAUUUUUCCCAGCAACUUAUUAAAUCUUUUUCUUCAUAUGCAAUUAAACACGAUUUAUUUCGAUCAAUAAAAUAUUUUCUGUACGUUUAAAGUGAUUUUAAUAACCCUAUAAAAAAAAUACUACAUACAUUUCAUUGCGUUUACAAAAGAAUAAAAGAACAUUUUUCAUAUUACAAGAAUCAUCUCAUUUUCAUUCGAGUGACAACUUACGUUCGACGAUAAAUCGAUGUAAAGUCAGAAAUCAUCUGAAAGUUGCAAACUAUUUUAUUUUAUUCAUAGAAAUAAUAGAAAUGCUAGAUGUAAUAGGUGCCUUAUUUUGCAUGAAUGUCCGUUGUUGUUAUUCCUAACCUUUGUAGAGGUUCGCCGAACUUUCAAAAAAAAAAUUAUGAAUAUUAUAAAAGUACAUGUGAAAGUAGUUUCGAUCAAAUCUAGAGAAAGUUGUAUGCAUAUCGUUUAAUUAUUAUAUCCUAGCAAAUAUCGUAUGACUUUAUUUUAAUAAACAAUUUACGAGGGACGAUAUAUAUCGUUGAAUCAUAGGAAGGAGAAGAAGUAGAAGAAUAAAAAGGUACCUACAGAAAAUAAUUUUAAGGACCAUGGUAUAAUUAAUGAAUUUUAUAAUCUUUUACUUGGUCGUUAUCGAAAAUAUUUUUAAUAACGCUAGUUAAAUUGUUGCUUACGUUCGCCUGUUUGUUAUCAUUCAUUCAAUUUAUUAUCUAUUUUAUGCUUUCAAUUACGAAUCGUAUUUUUAUUAAGUGUUAUUAUAAUGCGUACAAAAAAAAUUUUCUAUGCACUCUUCAUUAGGACCAUUAAUUUUUUUUAAUUAUAUAAAGUAUACAUAGAAUAUAUAGAUGUUACCAAAAUAUUUGUAUAAUAAAUUGUUAGGUAAUAUGUAAAAACAUA